UAAACCUGACAGGCACCAGGACCCAGCGCGCCCGCAGACGGAGCCCGUCCGACAUCCGAUUCUGCAUCGAUGAUAGCGCAUGCUCAGCUCUUGGCUUGUGAUCACUUCCAACGGCACGGCCUACCGUGUAUCGCCCCCGUCCCAGGCGCGCCCUGCAAUGCGUGUGUCUCCGCGUCGCACAAGAUAUGUAGUAUUGCGACCAAAGCGCCGUGCUCGCGCUGCCGAUACAUGGGUAUGGAAUCGAACUGCGUCUGGACGCCUGGAGAGCCAUGUGCAGUCUGUGUGCGUGCGGGGAAGAAUUGUCAGUUCCCGCGGCCGGUAUGCACCGCCUGCGCUGCUGCCAACGCAAAAGCGCUCACCGAGCGGGGCCACACCUCGUUGGGGCGCUGCUCUGCGUUCCGGUGGGGCGUGCCAUGCGACACAUGUUACGCUCAGGACAUGCUGUGCAGCCUGGAGACGCUUUGGAAGGAGAUGCCCGCACGCAUAGGCCCAGAAAAGGAGGGAACGGAAGUGAAGAAGAACCGGGCGUCCAAGACGGGGAGAGAGAAGAAGCCAUGGGCCAAGCCAUAGCAGCUUCUGUCGCGGCAGAAGCUUCGGCAAUAUCAUCCAUAAUCACGAGCAUAGCAGCGGAACCGCGUACAGCAGUAGAGCCACCUACAGCAGCGGAACCGCCUACAGUAGCACAAUCGCCUACAGCAGCGCAACCACCUACCGUAGCGGCUCCGUCGGCGGGCGCACAACGUCAGGGCAGACUAAGGAUUAGAGAUAUCUCUGUCGCGAUCAUCCCGCCUCGAACAUCUCGUCCUUCACCAGCCACGCCUGUCACAAUUCCUGUAGUUGAGUCUGACUCAUCCGAUGAGGAGCCUCUUUCCCGCAGCCACCAGCGCGCCGCAUCGUGUCGCAGAGCGACUGUACACGAUGGCGAGGUCGUGACGAAUAAGCUUACCUCUCUCCACUCCAACCAUGUUGUCGACUCAGAAUCUGAGCUUUCUUCCCUGUCAGACCUUGACUCUGACUCAGACGCGGAGUCUUAUCCUCCAUCGCAGACGAACCCUACGGCAUCCGCACAGGAACACAUCCUCCACCGAAGUCACCUCGAUCCGCAACGCUCGGCGCUACCUGUCACGACCGUGCAGCGCAACUUGUACGUGUCAAGGCCAGCGGCGAGGAGCGCGGGUUUGGCACACAACGAACACGCGGCCUACGCGCCUGUUGUAUUUCGAAGAGGCGAGCACGAUGCUCUGGAAGAGUGCGGACACACACAGGAGAUGCGUCCACUCACGCUGCUCGACGUUCAGGAACCGCUCCCGCCAGAAGUAACGCUAUCCCUGGGGACGCAACCCACCGACAAUGACGGCGAUGCCACUACUGACAUGCCAAAACUCAAAUGGAGGAGGUUCGUCGCACAUGACGACGUCGCGAUCCGAGGCGAGAGUGCUAUGCCAGCAGUUGACUCCGAACGUGUCGAUUGGCCGCACCCCCCGCCAGUACGCCAAGGGCACACUGCGAGCACGGUGGUAGCAGACAGCGGGAUCACCGUCAAAUCCGAACCCGUUGACGGGACAGCAGUGUUACAUCCUUUGAGCCGCUCAGCGGGCGUGAGCGCGCCGGAGACAUCUAGGAGAGACAGUAUUGGCGCAGCAAGUUCAUUGCCUGAAAUGGACGGCACCAUCGAUGUUCGCCGCACGCCAGCCGAGUCUGCUGCGCUCGCACCAGUCAAGCUCGAAAGCACCGACAGCGAGCCGCCGUUUAGCGAAAUCAGCUCCUUGACGACCAGCCACGGAUCGUCCCCAUCAGGCCCUUCGCCCCUUGCUGGGUCCCCAUACCCCGUCCAUGCGACCACAUGCCCCGACGCCCCGCCUUCCGUGUGCGAGCAUGUCGGCGCACAGACCUUCGAGGGUGCAGCACUGCCAGUGUGGGACACACAUGCGUCACCGGACAGCACCAGCUCUGCGGCACUUGUGCAGCGGGUCGCGUCACUCGAGGCGAUCAUUGCACGGCUCUGUACAUUGCUCGAGCGGCGGGACGAAGGCGUGGGCACGGGGAUUUGAAUGGAAGGGGUUGUCCGUUUCGCUGGUAGAGUCUCGAGCCUCAGGCCUCAGCGCUCAGCCUUGAUUAGGGAUGGAGAUAGAUUUUUAACCUGGAAACAUAGUAUAUAAUACAGUUACAUCCAGGCUACCUCCUUAAUACAUACUUACAUUCGCUUCUACCACGUCAGCUAGAAACCAGCGUAUU